ACCAAAUGCAGUUUUCAAGCCUCUCCAACACGGCAAUCUCAUGCAUUGAAUUCAAUUGGAUCCCAGAUCACAAAGCAUACCUAUACAAAAUCCAGAAAAUCUUCACACCCGGACUUCUAGGAUCCAUCAUCUUCACCCCCAACAACAGCGUCGAGAGAAACCCGUGACAGGUGACGCGAUGGGGGGAGGCAACAAAACCAACCAGCGCAAGGGCUACCGCGAGGCGCAAAAGAACAACUCAGAUGGCGUCGUAGCGCUGCCUCGGAAAAGGUUCUAUCGCCAGCGGGCGCACGCGAACCCCUUUUCGGACCAUAACCUUACAUACCCCGUCUCCCCAGACCACAUGGACUGGGCGCAACUGUAUCCCGCAUACAAGGCUGCUGAAGAUACUGUCGACGCGGAGAUAACAACAGGGAGUGAGGUCACCCCCGAGGAGUCCUCGGCCGCAGGUCAGCGCCUACCAAAAAGGCUACUGAAGGAUGUUGAGGUUGCCGACAUCGGCUGUGGGUUCGGGGGCUUGUUGAUGGCCCUCUCGCCAGAGCUGCCGGAUUCCUUGAUACUAGGCAUGGAGAUUCGCACCCAGGUCACUGGGUUCGUGGAGGACAAGAUCCGGGCGCUGCGCAUUCAACAUGAGAAAGAGAAGCUGUACCAAAACAUCGCGUGCGUCCGCGCCAACACGAUGAAGUUCCUGCCCAACUUCUUCCGGCGCGCACAGCUGUCCAAGAUCUUCAUCUGCUUCCCGGACCCACACUUCAAGGCGCGGAAGCACAAGCAGCGCAUCGUGUCGACUACGCUCAACUCCGAGUACGCCUAUGUCCUGCGUCCGGGCACUGGGAUAAUCUACACUAUCACCGACGUCAAGGACCUGCACGAGUGGAUGGUCGGUCACUUUGAGUCCCACCCUUCCUUCAUCAGGGUCCCCGAGGACGAGCAGGAGGCCGACCCUUGCGUCCGCAUAAUGCGGUUCGAAACAGAGGAGGGGAAGAAGGUGACGAGGAACAACGGCCAAAAGUAUGUCGCGCUGUUCAGGCGCAUGGAGGAGCCGCCAUGGUGAUCAGCAGCGUAUUCGAGAAAAGAUGUAUUUAGAACUGUUAAGCUUCCCGUGCAAGGCUGGCCACUGACCCAAGUCCCCCAAGCGGAGAUGCUCACAGCAAACCCCACAGCAUCUUCUCCAGCCACAUCGAUCUUCAUAUCUCUAGAGUAUGCCAUGUUUCGACUCUCAAGCCUGGGCACAUUCAACAGCGCUCAGACCGAACCCCUCCGUUAGGUUCACAUUGCUGAUUUUCAGCCCGGCCUUGGAAGCUAGCUCGCCGAACCCCUCGACUGUUCUUUCCUUACCGCCUAAAUUCAUCAUGAACAAAUCCGUGGCCGCACACAUGGCGAUUGGCGGGUUGGACAUGAUUUGUUCCAUAAUGACCAGCCUGCUAUCUGGUGCCAUGGCGUCGGCGAUCACGCGCAGGAUUUCAAC